AUGCGUUCCACCAUCGUUUCCUCUGCUCUGCUUCUUGCAGUCACUGCCGGUGCCCUCCAGGUUACCGAGCCCAAGAAGAAUGUCGAGAUUGACCCCUCGUCCUCCUUCACCGUGAAGUGGGAUUCCGUCAGCACCGACCCCUCUUCCUUCGAUCUCUACCUCGUCAACAACGCCGUCUACCCCCCCGUCGACAAGAAGAUCGCUACUGACGUCGACACCUCCGAUGGCUCCUACACCGUUGACAGCAUCUCCGGUCUUGCUGAUGGCCCCGGCUACCAGAUCAACCUCUUCUCCAACGAAGAGCACAACACCGGCAUCCUCGCCCAGUCUCAGCAAUUCAACGUGACCGGCUCCGACGACAGCAGCUCCUCGUCGUCCUCCGCCACACCCACCACCACCUCCACUUCGACCUCUUCCACUUCCACUACUACUGCCUCCUCCGCUGGAUCUUCCUCCGCUGCUGCCUCCACCACCUCCGGUGCCGCCGAUGCGAACGCUAGCGAUGUCUUUGAUGAUGAGAACGGCGCUGGUGCUAUGAGCGCUCCCCUUGUUGUUGCCGCUGGUGCUAUCGGUGGUGCGCUGCUUUUCAGCCUGUAG